AUGAGCAGAUUCCCAAAACCAGGCCGCCGUCUGCUAAUCUUCCAAGAGACGCGCAAUCCGCAAAAUAUCGCUGAAAUUCUCUACGUCCCUGUCAACAAACUAGGUCUUCCUAUCUGUGGUGAUGGGCCUGAGUUACCGUCUAUUUUAGAAUUACCGCUUCGUAUCUUGAAGGUUUUUACUGAUAUUUUCAAUCAGCCGAAGUAUAAAGGGUGGGCUGUUGUUUCUGCUGGUCCGUACCAUGAUACUUCGGAAGAGGGGAAGUUCUAUGCUGUUUUGUUGGAGCAAUUGCAGAGUCCUCAGGAUUCAACUAUUUGA